AUGAUGUGUAUCUCCAGGCUGCCAGCUGUCCUCCUCAUCCUCUCUGUGGCACUAAGCCACUUGAGAGCCACACCGGUCGGAAGUGGUACCAACCCUCAGAUGGAGAAACGGAAGUGCAACACAGCCACGUGUGCCACACAACGCCUGGCAAACUUUUUGGUUCGUUCCAGCAACAACCUUGGUCCAGUCCUCCCACCAACCAAUGUGGGAUCGAAUACAUAUGGCAAGAGGAAUGUGGCAGAAGAUCCAAAUAGAGAAUCCUUGGAUUUCUUACUCCUUUAA